CUACUACAAAGAACAUAAUGUAUAUAUGUUGAAGAGAAAAGAGAAAUGAAUGACUUUAGGGUUUCAUGUCAUUGUGUACAUGUCUUCGCCUGCGGGGCAUCGAAUAGUCCCCCGACCACCACCAACUCGCCGUCUGCCGGUCCACUUCUCUUCCCAUUUCCUGACCCUGAUUCUGCAUUUCCAUCACACCUGCAAAUAAACAAACAUUCUAAUGAUAUCAUAACUCAUUUUAUGGCAAAAGAAUGGAAACCGUACGUGGUAGAAGAGCACUCCAUAAUCAUAUUCACCUGUGUAAUGUUGUGGUCUAGCAGCAAGCUGGGUCGGCUGUUGAGCAAGCAAAUAGAGACAAGCCAUAAUCCUAAUGACACCCACUAUCCCCAUAUUUUUAGCACACUUUCACACUCUCUCUUUCCAUCAACACCACCACGGCCUAUAUAUGACUAAAGCAAGCAAGGACCCACGUUCAAAUAUGAGAGUAAUAUAAAUAGGUGGAUUUAGCUAAAUAUAGAUCGAAUCCAAUUCUUGGUAAGAGAAUCUUAAACUCAAGAUAGUUCAAGUAGUAAUAAGAACAAGUUGUAAGUUUGAAUUUUAAAUAUCCUAAUUUUGACAUAAAUAACUUAUUUUUGAUCGAACUGAAAAAGAGAUUAAUCGAAAUGCGCAUAAACUAGCCUACACAUCUUUGACUGUUAAAAAAAAAAAAAGAAUCUUAUAGGAUUACAGGCUUGGCAUGUUUUGGGGGGAUUCUGUUUGUUUCUUUAUGCGGCUCUAAUUCUAAAGCAUUGAUUUUCAAAUAAAGUUGAGGGUCCAUGUGUUGUGUUGGAAAGAACUCUCGGGGUUAAUCUCAGUCUGGCAUAGCCACUUAUUAUUACUAAGCUACGUGUUGCUAAACCCAAUACCUACACAUGUUAUGCAUACUAAAAACAUUAAUCAAAAAGUAUUUUACCAAAUGAAUUGACAAUCCUGUAUCCAAUCAAAAAUAGCAU